UUUGGUCAAGUAGCUAGGAGCGUUAUGAAGAUGAGGCAAAUGUGGGUGUGGAUGCUGCUCAUGGCACUGGCCUUCGUCAACGACCGGAGCCAUUGUUGUUUGGAGGAAGAGAGAAUUAGUCUCUUAGAGAUAAAAGCUUGGUUCAAUUAUGCAGGUGCUGGGUACUAUGAUCUAGAAGGUUGGGAUAAAGAGCAUUUUAAUUGCUGUAACUGGGAUAUGGUUGUGUGUGACAUCGCCACAAACCGAGUGAUCGAACUACAUCUUUUAGAUGUAAAUUCUGAUGAUCUCAAUGCAGUCGAAGACUUGGACUUCAAUGCGUCUUUGUUUCUGCCUUUCAAAGAACUGGAGAUUCUCGACUUAAGCUUCAACCAAUUAGUUGGUGGCUUAAAGAACCAAGGUUUUCAAGUGCUAGCUUCAGGGUUGAGGAAUUUGGAGAAACUUUAUCUACAUGGCAAUAAAUUAAACGACAGCAUUUUAUCAUCUCUCAGUGGAUUUUCAACUCUCAAAUCUCUAGAUCUGUCAAGCAAUAGGUUCACAGGAUCAACUGGUCUCAAUGGCUUAAGGAAUUUAGAAACCUUGUAUCUGAAAUCAUCUGACUUCAAGGAAAGCAUUUUGAUAGAGUCAUUGGGAGCGUUGCCAUCCCUCAGAACCUUACAAGCACGUUAUAGUAAAUUUAAACACUUUGGGAAAGGGUUGUGGAAUUCGUCUAGCCUUGAAGAAGUGCUCCUCGAUGAUUCUUCUCUCCCAGCAAGCUUUUUUAGGAACAUUGGACCCUUGUCUACUCUUAAAGUCCUAUCCUUGAACGAAGUUGACUUCAAUAGCACCCUACCUGCUCAAGGCUGGUGUGAACUGAAGAAUCUUGAACAGCUAUUUCUCUUCGGAAACAAUCUAAAGGGCGUACUUCCUCCUUGUUUGGGAAAUCUAUCAUCUCUACGAUCCUUGGAUUUAUCUGACAACCAAUUGGAGGGGAAUAUUGCCCUUAGUCACCUUUCUCAUCUUCCGCAGCUUGAAUACCUCUCAGUUUCAUAUAACCACUUUCAAGUUCCAAUAUCAUUUGGUUCAUUUAUGAACCUCUCCAACCUCAAGUUCUUUGAAUGCGAUAACAAUGAGCUAAUAGCUGCACCCAGUUUUCAGCCUUCAGCUCCCAAGUUCCGGCUUCGUUUUUUUAGUGCUUCAAACUGUACUUCAAAACCACUCAAAGCUGGAUUUCCAAACUUCCUGCGUAGCCAACAUGAUUUAGUGUUUGUUGAUCUAUCCCACAACAAAUUCGUUGGAGAACCUUUCCCAUCUUGGCUGUUUGAGAAUAAUAGAAAGUUAAAUCGACUAUAUUUGAGAGACACCUCAUUUAUAGGUCCUUCGCAGCUGCCACAACAUCCAACACCCAACCUUCAGACAGUAGAUAUGUCUGGCAACAACAUACAUGGUCAAGUUGCAAGAAACAUAUGUUCGAUUUUUCCACGUUUGAAGAACUUCAUGAUGGCUAACAACAACCUUACAGGUUGUAUUCCUCCUUGUUUUGGGAAUAUGAGCUCUCUUCAAUACUUGGAUCUUUCCAACAAUCACAUGUCUUGUGAACUGCUUGAGCAUAAUUUGCCAACAGUAGGCUCCUCGUUGUGGUUUUUAAAGCUGUCCAAUAACAAUUUCAAAGGGCGAUUACCACUCUCUGUGCUCAACGUGGCUGACCUAAGUUACAUCUUUCUCGAUGGAAACAACUUUUCUGGACAAGUAUCGGGUACCUUUGCAUCAUCAUUUCGGUGGUUUGAUAUCAGUAACAAUCUUUUGUCCGGCAUGCUUCCAAGGGGAAUUGGGAACUCUUCAAUAUCCUUGCAGGGAAUUGACUUGUCCAGAAAUCAUUUUGAAGGUACCAUUCCAAUAGAAUAUUUCAAUUCUUCUGGGCUUGAAUUUUUAGAUCUUUCUGAAAACAAUCUGUCUGGGUCUUUGCCGUUGGGCUUCCUUGCACCAUAUUUACGCAAUGUCCACCUAUACGGAAAUCAAUUGACCGGUCCACUGCCAAAUGCUUUUUAUAAUAGCUCUGAUUUGGUGACAUUUGAUCUCGGCGAUAACAACUUAACUGGGCCCAUUCCAAAUUGGAUUGAUAGCCUUUCGGAAUUGAGCAUUUUUGUUCUCAAAUCUAAUCAAUUCAAUGGGAAACUUCCUCAACAGUUAUGCUUGUUAAGGAAAUUAAGCAUAUUGGAUCUUUCAGAAAAUAACUUUUCUGGUCCGUUACCCUCAUGUUUGAGCAAUUUAAAUUUUACGGCAUCGGAUGAAAAAACUUUGGUCUUCACUGGUUGGGAGUCAAGAGAUGAUGGAAGCCGGCAAGAAGUACUUGCAUCCAUAGGGGGAAGAGAAUUGGGGAACGAUGGUUUUUAUCUUUAUGAAAAAGGUUUGCGGCCAGAGAUCAGUGGAAAAAUAUCCGUAGAGCUUACAUCAAAGAAGAAUUUCUACACUUACGAGGGCGAUAUCCUUCGUUACUUGUCUGCUAUGGAUCUUUCUUGUAACAGAUUCACUGGAGAAAUCCCGACAGAAUGGGGAAAGUACUUAAGUGGGAUAUAUUCUCUAAAUCUGUCACAAAAUAAUCUCACUGGAUUGAUCCCUUCAUCCUUCUCCAACCUAAAGCAGAUAGAGAGCUUGGAUCUUUCUCACAACAACUUGAAUGGGAGAAUUCCUGCACAACUCGUUGAACUGAACUUUCUAGCAGUUUUCAACGUGUCGUACAAUAAUUUGUCAGGAAGAACACCGGAGAUGAAAAAUCAAUUUGCUACCUUCGAUGAGAGCAGUUAUAAAGGGAAUCCUCUUCUUUAUGGACCUCCAUUGCAAAACAGUUGCGACAAAACAGAAUCACCAUCCGCGAGAGUGCCUAACGAUUCCAAUGGAGAUGGUGGCUUCAUAGACAUGUACAGUUUCUAUGCCAGCUUUGGUGUGUGUUACAUAAUUAUGGUCUUGACAAUUGCAGCAGUACUGCGCAUAAAUCCGCAUUGGCGACGCAGGUGGUUUUACUUCAUUGAAGAAUGCAUCGACACUUGCUGCUGCUUUUUGGCUAUUAACUUUCCCAAGUUGUCCAGAUUCAGAAGGUGAUUGGAUCUUAUCAGGAGCGUGUGGUCUGCUUUCUGAAUUUGUUGUAAUCCUCUGUGGAGAAGCAGUCGCAUUCCAAAUCAAUGGUUGCUCACUGCAUGUUUAGCAAUUUGCCUGUAAGAAGUGUUCUGUGGAAGUGUUCUUUGGAAGUGUUCUUGUUGCUGAAUUGUGCUUCAGCACUUUUAACUUUAAAAAUGUAAUGUCAUAUCAAGAUUUGAAGGAGACCAAACAAUUAAUUCAGGUUAGGUUUAUCUUUAGAUGAACUGCAUCAUAAAGCCGCCACCGUUUUUCCCCUUUGAAAUUCCUCUGCAUUGGUCUUCGUUGGGGGUCAAUCGGUUAUCUUUCCUCUAGUUUUUUCUUCCACGAUUUCAAUCAGCCAUGACAAGUGUAUUUUACAUUUUCUGUAACUGAAUUCCAUAGAUAUACACUUUACUUG